AGGGCUUCCUCACUAUGAGCCAUUGGCUGUAUAAAUAUGGGAUCUCGCCCCUGUGGAUCACACACUUGACCAAUUGCACGUGCAAGAGUCCGAUGGGUCAUUCGAAUUCCGCGAUCCUCCGUGGGUAGGCAGUUUCAGUGAGGGGCUGUGCGCGCGUGCGUGUUCGUGUGAAUGUGCACUCGUAGAAUGUAAAGCCAAAGAAAGAAGAAGAAGAAAAGAAAAAAAAAGAAGAAGAAGAAGAAGAAGGAGAGGGGGACAAGAGAGAGAGGCGGGAUCGGUUUGCUCCUUGUUCAAUUUCCAGGGUGAAGCAAAAACAAUAAUCUGUAACAGAUCGAUCAGCACUUCGCGCUCGCUUUUUUGAUUUGAUAGAUCAGUGGAUGUGAUGCCCAUAUAUAUCAUCGACAGGAAUUUCCCCGACACAUCUGGUGAGUUGAUACAGCUGGCAGCUGAAGGAGGAGACCCGAGUAUGACAGAGACCAACCGCCCCAAGUCGGCUAAGAAGUCCCGCUGGACCUCCCUGGAGGUCGGCCUCAUUACUAUCGUCUCCUUGCUCUUCAUCAUCAUCGUUGCCCUCAUCAUCCUCUUUACCACACAGAAGACAGAUGAAACCUGCACAUCGUCUGACUGCACGCAGUCAGCUUCUCGCCUCAUUGAGAACAUGGAUGCCAGCGUGGACCCCUGUGACAACUUCUACCAGUACGCCUGUGGGGGCUGGCUGAAGAAGAACAUCAUACCCGAGACCAGCUCUCGAUACAGCACCUUUGACAUCUUACGAGACGAGCUGGAGGUCAUUCUCAAAGGUGUCCUUGAAAAAACAGUGGAGGGUGAAGCCACUGCUCUUACCAAGGCUAAGACCCUCUAUAAGUCCUGCACAAAUGAGAGUUUAAUUGAGCUCAGAGGAGGGGCUCCUUUGCUCGACAUGCUGCCUGAUGUGUUUGAGUGGCCCGUAGCUGUGGACAACUGGGAGGCCGACUAUGGUGAAACAUGGAAGUUGGAGAACGUCAUCGCCAAGUUGAAUGAGAAAUAUGGAACUCAACUCGUGGUUAACUUUUUCGUCGGCACCGAUGACAGAGACUCCAAUUCAUACAUCAUUCAUUUCGACCAGCAGACAAGCCUCGGCCUCUUGUCCAGAGAUUACUACGCCUGCACCGGACCCUUUGCAGAGGCAUGUCGGGCCUAUAAGCAGUUCAUGAUUGACCUGGCAAAGCUGAUCCGCUCAGACCGGAAUUUGAACAUCAAUGAAACCCUCAUCAAUGAAGAGGUCACACGAGUAAUGGACCUGGAGAGGGACAUCGCCAAUGCUACUGAUACUCCAGAGGACCGUAACAACCCAGUUUUGCUUUACAACAAGAUGGAGUUGGGAGAUUUGAACGGCAACUUCUCCCUUGAGGUCGAAUCCCAGGUAUUUAAUUGGAGUUACUUCACACAGAAGAUAAUGGAUACAGUCAACAUCAGCGUUACUGACACGGAGAAGGUCAUCAACUACUCCCCCAACUAUUUCAGAAGACUCAACCUCAUCUUGGCCAGAUACAGCAAGAGGGAUCUGCAGAACUACAUAGUGUGGCGUUUUGCUAUGAACAUGGUGGUGGGCCUGAGCAAAAAUUACAGGGACACCAGGAAAGCCUUCCGCAAGGCUUUGUCUGGUACAACGUCAGAAACAGCAGUGUGGCGACAGUGUGCACUCUACGUCAACAACAACAUGGACAAUGCUGUGGGACGACUGUAUGUGCAGGAGGCCUUCUCUGAAAAGAGCAAAGAACUGAUGGAGGAGAUGAUUCAAGAUAUUCGUGCAGUGUUCAUUAAUAAUCUUCAUGCCCUGACCUGGAUGGAUGCAGAGACCAAGAUAGCAGCUGUGGAGAAGGCCCGAGCUAUUCGGGAACGGAUUGGCUAUUCUGUCAACAUCAAGGAUGACGAGUAUCUUAACAAUGAGUACAAAGAUCUGGGGUACAGUGCAGAGGAGCACUUUGAAAACAUCCUACAGAACCUGGAGUAUGCGCAGAAGAAACGCCUGCGGAAACUCCGAGUCAAAGUCAACAAAGACGAGUGGGUAACUGGAGCUGCUGUUGUCAACGCCUUCUACUCAUCCAGCAAAAACCAAAUAGUUUUCCCUGCAGGUAUCCUCCAGCCGCCUUUCUUCAGCAAAGGCCAGGCUAAAUCUCUCAACUUUGGUGGCAUUGGCAUGGUGAUCGGUCACGAGAUCACACAUGGCUUUGAUGACAAUGGUCGUCACUAUGAUAAGGACGGCGACCUCAAAGACUGGUGGACACCUGCCUCCACUAAUAGGUUCCUGGACCUAUCAAAGUGCAUCGUCAAUCAGUAUAGCAACUUUUCCUGGGACCUGGCCAAUGGACUACAUUUAAAUGGUAACAACACCCUCGGUGAGAACAUUGCUGACAAUGGAGGGAUACGGCAGGCGUAUCAGGCCUAUAAUAACUAUGUGAAGGAACAUGGAGAGGAGCCAUCACUGCCUGGCAUUGACCUCUCCCACAAUCAACUCUUCUUCCUAAACUUUGCUCAGGUGUGGUGUGGAACACAUCGACCGGAGCAAGCUGUGAAUUCCAUUAAAGUAGACGUACACAGUCCAGGGAAAUUCAGAGUUCUGGGCUCCCUUCAGAAUUUCCCAGAAUUUGCCAAAGCAUUCCACUGCAACAAGGGCAGCUCCAUGGUCCCUGACAACAUCUGCCGUGUGUGGUGAUCCUCAGACCUCUGGGAUGGGGACAGUUCUGACGUGGGUUGCCCCGGUCCCACUGUACCUCACCCUUCUGACUGGCGGAGCCCUCGUUGGGGCUACAGGGAAAUGGGAUCUCCCCUUAGGCUCGUUACUGGAUGGAGCAGGGCUGGUGGACUGACACUGCAGUCUGCACUUCCUUCAUGGAAAGCAGUGGACUGUGCCCUCACGGACAGACAGAGCACUGUCUCUCCGACUCUGAUACUGUAGUUCAUUCAAUCAGCCUGAUUAUUCUGCUACUCACUGGAUUGGAUGUGGGGUUUUUUCCUGCGUUUUCAUCUCGUUUUACUCAUCAUUUGUGAGUCUGCCAAAUUGAGUGUGUUUCAGUCAAAAUACUGUAGUUGUCAAGAGAGGGUCGGACAGACAGAUGUGUUAAAAUCCACUGGCAUAAGAAUACACCACCCACCCACUCACACUCAUCUCACAGGGCUGGACCACUGCACUGUAUGUGGGACUGAGCUGUCUGCCUCUCAUAAAACCUCAGCUGGUUUCCGCCUUCAUCUACAUGUUGAUACGCUCUACAAUGCAUCCGAAAUGUACUCUUUGUUAAUAUGUAUAACCAGAUUAGAUAAAUUAUUACAGAUAAUUUGAAAUGGCUGAAUAGACCAGUACAUAUUUAACCCUAACCAUAUAUUAAACAAUACUGUUCUAUAUAUAAUGAUAAUGACUUAACUGCAGUUGAAAGGCAAAUAAACCAAAUUAAAACGUCUACCUUUAGGGUGGUCAUGACUCAUUGAGCUGACAAUCAACACCAAACCCUUUUUAUAUGUUCACUGAGCCCCCUGUGUGUUUCUGGAUGUACAGUAUGUCUCUAUGUGUUUCCCAGUCUGUUGAAGUCAUAAUGAUCGAUCGCUGCCUACUGUUUGUCAAGCAAAUUGGUAUGCCUGACACGACCUGUUGUGUCUGAGACUUUGUUCAAGUGAACACAGAAUAAGAAAGUCUAUCAUUCAAGCAAUAGUUUUACUUUUUUGCAGAGAGUAAGAAGAGAAUAUCGAUACCUCUCAUUUCUUUCCGCUACAGCCAGUAGACGGUUAGACACUCCGUCCAAAGAUGAAACACAUGCCUGUUAGCAUCUCUAAAGCUCACUAAUAACCAUGUUUCAUCUUGUUAAAUUAGUGUAAAAACAAUAACUUGUGGUCUACAGGGCGUUAUGAACCGGACUGUCUCCUGGCUCGGAGCAGUGACCUCUUGACGUCUGCGCCAGCUGCCUGCAAACUGAUGGUGCUAACCAAUCUGGGGACGUUACCCUUUCUUCUAUGCAUAAAAGAUACCAACAUAGCAUUAAUUGGUUAGCUUUUAAAGUGCUGGUAGGCAGAUUUAGACGGAGCCAGGCUAGCUGUCAUUAUUUUAAGCUAACCAUCUACUAGCUGUAACUUUAUAUGUAUGAGAAAGAUAUGAGUUGUAUCAAUAUUCUCAAUUCAUGUGAACAAAGUGAAUGGGUAAUUCACUAAAUGUUGAAGAAAGGUGUCGCGAUAUUUCAGUUUGAUCUUGGUUUAAUCACAUGGAGAGCUUUGAGCAUCUUUUUUGUAGUCAUUUUGAAUCAUUAUUUAAGAUAUUGAAGCAAAAGCCAAUGGACAGAAAAUGAUACGCUUAAGCUUUUAGGGUUCUUUGCUGGAACCUAAUGGAUUUUCCAAUUGUUCAUCUAUUUUUCCAAAUUCAGAAGGUUGUAUCAAGUUAGUAGAUCACAGUUUAUUAUUCAUGGUUUAAUAUGGUUUUAUUUCCAAAGUGUAACUGAGGGCGUUUCUUCACCUUUUUCUUUUGCUUUUCGUGAAUGAUGCGCCGCAAUCAUGAAGACCACUUUUUAGACAGUAUGUAUGUAUAGUUUCCUCGUGUUUUGUUCCUUUCAUUGUAUGUGCAAGCUUUCUGUCCAUGUCAACCCCGCUCACUCCCUGAGGCUUUCUUUCUUUCUGCCUCUCUCUGUCACACUCCACCUGUAGAAUGACAGAUAUACCUCAGUUGCCUGUUUUUAGAUACUUUAUAAUAAUCAUCUUGAGAAGCAUUUCUUUCUUUUUAAAUAAAUAUUUAAAUAACACGCUGCAGGUGAAGAUUUGUCUGUAUAUUGGUGUCCAUAUCUGUCACAUGUAAUCUCUCAAAUUGAUUCCAAAGACAUGUUAGGAAACAUUCCUUCAGUGUCAGACUUUUGCACCGCAUAACAGUGUGAAUGCACAGAAUAUCUUGGUUCUGCUGACAUGACUUGUGUUUUGUCUGGACUUCAGGGACUUUAUAUAAAUAAAUUGUGUAUAAAUGUU